GCGUCGUUCUGCUCGGACCAACGGUGCCAGUUGGGCUCCUGCACCCCCACGAGUGGCCAGUGGGGGGGGCACUUCAUCUCCUCCAUCCCCAAGCACACCGAGGGGGGCCACCGGUCCGCACCGCACCUCCCAGAGCGGCGUGGCACGUUGCGUCGCAGCGCCAGCAGCAUGCAGGACGUUCCGGAAGAGUGGCGGGAGGUGGACGCAGACCCCCGGCGGGAGGGGGGCCCGAUGCCCUUGGAGCGCGAGUCCCUCAUGAUGGAGCUGAGGCGGAGGGUCCAGAGGACGGUGCGGGAGAGCAGCUGGUGGGAGACGAGGGGGGUGGACUGCGCCAUCCUGACCGCCGCCUUCGCCUGUCUGCCUGCAGCUUUCCUGCUGCUGCGCUCCUCUCAAGUGCUGUGGUUCACCUUGGGGCUGCUGCUCAUGGGGACGGCACACGCGGUCAUCACGGUCAAAGGAGCUCAUCUGGCGAGUCACGGAGCCCUGAGCGAGUCCCGGGCCUGGGGGGACGUGUGGGCUAUCUUCUUCAUCGAGGUAUGCGGCUCCUUCACGGCGAGGGCUGGGGUCCAGGCCCACGUGAAGAUGCACCAUGCGCACACCAACAUCAUCGGCCUGGGUGACUCCAGCACGUGGCGCGUGCCCUUCCUGCCCCGGGGCGUGUACCUGUUCCUCGCACCCCUGGCCGUGCCCAUCAUCACCCCCCUGGUGGCGUUAGCCCAGCUCAGGGGUCAGUCCCCGGCCUACGCCGUUCGGACCGUACUUCUGGUCGCCCUGGGCUGGUACUCGCACUACUGGCUGCUGCUACACGUCUCCGGGUUCCGGUCAGCGGGCAGCGCUGUGCUCUGCAUGCUGGCGUGCAGAGCCAUGUUCUCCCUGCCCUACAUCCACGUCAACAUCUUCCAGCACAUCGGUCUGGCCAUGUUCUCCCCGAACCGCCGACCCAAGCGCAUCUACCAGAUGACCCACGGCGUGCUGAACCUGCCCCGGAACCCGCUGCUAGACUGGACGUUCGGCCACUCGCUCAUCAGCUGCCAUGUGGAGCACCACCUCUUCCCCUCCCUGUCUGACCACAUGUGUCUGAAGGUGAAGCCCAUUGUCUCCAAAUAUCUGAAGGAGAAAGAGCUUCCCUACCAGGAGGACGCCUACCUGUCGCGCCUGCGCCUCUUCUUCCACAAGUACCAGGAGCUGAUGGUGUUUGCACCCCCCAUCACAGAGCUUGUGGGGGUGCAGUAAUGUUGGGGGCGCGGGGGUGUACUCAACUGCUCACCCUGUCGCUGUAGUUCCGACUGACUUGAAGACACUCCGGACCAGGAUGUGAGCGCUGACCGCUGGACCCUUGGCCUUCGGUGCGAGAGUUGACGUCCUUGAUGCUGAGCUCCCUUCAGUUGUCUGAUGCGAGCGGAUUCGUUUCGCUCAACCCCCAGGGGUGAUGGGUGUGUUGGAAAUGGUGCUGUAAUCCUGCACAACACCGCAUAUUUACCACAGUGCAAAACCCAUUUUCUGGACCUACAUCGAAUGUCCAUGAUGUUUCAUGUCCACCAUGAAACAGGUAUUUAAUGAGAAGCAGUCUUUCUCAUGUGAUAUAAUAGCUGUGUGAUGAUCAAUUUUCCACACACACACACACACACACACACACACACAGGUCCUCGGUUUAUGAUGGGUUCCGUUCUGAUGACCUUAUUACCAUCGGAAGUCAACUUUGUCUUAAAUCGCAAACGUUCUUAUAUUGCAUUAUAUAAACCAUAAAUAAUUAACAUGCAAGAAUCCUACAUUAUAUAACAGGGCUCUGUUAUAUUUUUUCCGUUAAUUUCACACAUCUUUCAUGUUAAAAUAACACUAAUAUAGAAUAGUAAUAAUAUAAUUACAGUAUAGCGUUUUGAUUAUACUUUCGUGUGGAAUUAUUUUCACUUUCUAAGUCCCUAUUUUUUCAGCACCCCCAAGACACUCACUUUUUCGCUCACUGACCAUUUUAAAUCAAAGGUAACUUUUGCACCAUGGACCAGAGAGCAUGUCAAGUCUGAUGACUCGUGUGGAAUUUUGCUUUUGCCCCUUCGGAGUUUACUUCGUACCAGCCGUAGGCCGUGAUUAUGGACCCUGAGGGCCGAAGGACUAGGGUACAGGGCAGGGACUAGAGCACAUCCUGGAAUCCAAAGUGUUCUCCUGGACCACCAGGCCGAACCCAUGUCCACGUCAGCAGGCUCUUUGCUUGCAGCGGCCAGUUUGAGGAAGCUCUUCCAAGUUGUCCAGCUGCAAGUGGACCUCAUCUGGUUUAUUAUCUUAUCAGCUCCGCCCACUGAAGAAUUGAAGACACAGCUUUGGACGCUGGAAACGGGGCCAGAAAGACAACGUACGCUGGAAUUUGCCGUCUCCAAGCACUGUUGACUCUGCGUAGUCAGCAACCACGUAGUCGCACAAAAAGAGCCUGAAAAUGAACUUUGGCCUAUGGAUCUGGACAGUUUACGGGAUCGUUAACAGUGACACUAGAUCUGAAUGUGUAGAAACCAAUAAAAAUACAACUAAUUGUCUAAUUGCGCCAUGUAUACGAAAGGCCACAAAAUUACUACUAGUUUAUUAAACAAUUAAUCUGAAAAUAUAUAUG